AUGGUAAAAAUAGGAAAAAAGUUAAAAGGUUUUGAUGAAGAAAUAAAUAAAAUAGACAAUAAUAAAGAUAAAAUAUUAUCAGAGAAAAAUAAUAGUGAAAUAAAAGAUAAAAAAAAUGAAAGAAUAAAAGAAGAGAAACAUACAUUAUAUUUUAAGGAAAUACACAAAACGAAAGAAGAAUAUGAUGAUUUGGAUUUCUAUCUAAAAAAUAAUAACAUCUCUAUAUUUUUAGUAUUACUUUUAUACAAAAUUAUAACUAAAAAGCCAAAUAAUGUAUGUAAUUUUAUUCUUAAUGAAUUAGGUUCCUUAUUACAAUGUAAAUUAGAUAAAAGUAAGGAAUAUAAUUUUAUUAAUAAAGAAAAUACUGAAAAUCCAAAAUAUAACGAGGAAAAAAAAGAUAUUUUAAAAAAAGAAAAUAUCAAUUGCGAUUUAAAAAAAAAUCAACAUAAUAAAAUAAUUGACUAUGAAACCUUCUUAGGUGAGAACCAUUUAAGCUUAGACAAUUUAUUGGAUGCAGUGAAUUUCAUCAAAAUAGAAAAUUCAGAUAAAAUUUAUUUUAAUAACUUAAUUAAAAUUAUUGAAAUUUUUGAAAAUUCACAAAAUAAAGAUAUUCUUUUAAAAGAGAAUAUGCAACCAACUGAUUUUAUAUCACUGAAUAAAGCAGAAAAUAUGGCUAAAAAUUUUUAUAAUAACUAUUUCUAUAACUCAAACAGUUCGAUUUGA